AUGGAGAACCAGACAGAAGUGACACAGUUCAUCCUACUGGGACUGACCUCUGACCCAGGUCUGCAGCUUCCCCUCUUUCUGACGUUCCUGCUCAUCUACACCAUCACUCUGGUAGGGAACUUGGGGAUGAUCCUGUUGAUUGUCUUGGACUCACGUCUCCACACUCCCAUGUACUUCUUCCUUGGCAACCUGUCUCUGGUGGACUUUUGCUACUCUUCAGCUGUCACUCCCAAAGUCAUGGCUGGACUCCUUCUAGGAGACAAGGUCAUCUCCUACAAUGCUUGUGCUGCUCAGAUGUUCUUCUUUGGAGCCUUUGCUACCGUUGAAAAUUACCUGUUGGCCUCAAUGGCCUAUGAUCACUAUGCAGCAGUGUGUAAGCCCCUGCACUACACCACCAUGACGACCAGGGUGUGUGUGUGUCUCGUCAUAGGCUGCUAUGUCUGUGGUUUCCUGAGUUCCUCCUUCUACACUGGGAACACAUUCAGUCUCUUCUUCUGUAUAUAUCACGUGGUCCAUCACUUCUUCUGUGAUGUUCCAGCAGUCAUGGUCCUCUCUUGCUCUGAUAGACAAGUGAAUGAACUGGUUCUUAUUUAUGUAGCCAGCUUCAAUAUCUUUGCUCUCCUCAUAAUCCUAAUAUCCUACAUAUUAAUUUUUAUCACAAUCCUAAAGAUGCGCUCAGGUGCAGGACACAGGAAGGCUAUCUCCACCUGUGCCUCCCACUUCACUGCUGUCUCCAUUUUCUAUGGGACUAUUAUCUUUAUGUACUUACAGCCCAGCUCCAGUCACUCCAUGGACACUGACAAAAUCGCCUCUGUGUUCUAUACUAUGGUCAUUCCCAUGCUGAACCCUGUGAUCUACAGCCUGAGGAAUAAGGAGGUCAAGAUUGCUUUCUUAAAAGUCAAGAAAGAUUUCAUGUGUUGUUAA